GGUGCGGCGUCGGUCUGACACCGCGGAGCUGGAGGGCCGUAAUUAUGCCAGCUAACCAACAUCCAAGUAGAAUUACCUUAUUUAAGAGGGAGAAGGAUACUGUGUACCGCAUCCCCUCACUCCUCUACCUCAAGGAACACAACAUUUUUUUAGCCUUUGCAGAGGAACGAGCAUCAUUCCGCGAUGUGGAUGCAAAGCGUCUGGUGAUGAGGAGAGGCUCGUUUAUCAGAGGAACAGUGAAGUGGAAGGACAUGAUACCACUGAAGAUGGCCAUGCUGCCUGGGUAUCGGACAAUGAACCCGUGCCCAGUUUACGAGCGGAAGUUUGGAGUGAUUUACUUGUUCUUCACCUGCGUCAAGGAUGGUGUCACAGAGCAGCAGCAGAUCUGGUGGGGGAAGAACGCGGCCAGGCUGUGCUAUGUGCUGAGUCGAGAUGCUGGAGCCAGCUGGAGCCAGCUGACAGAUCUGACUGACACAGUCCUCGACAGCCGGCUCAGCAAAUGGGCCACCUUCGCGGUGGGACCCGGUCAUGGUGUGCAGACACAACAAGGGAGACUCAUCGUCCCGGCCUAUGCCUACAUCAUCAGCCGGAAAUGCUGCCUGAUCCCGCCUAUAUUCUUCACACACCCGCACUCUUUCUACUUCUACAGUGACGACGGUGGAGACAACUGGAAACUGGCGGAACCAAUAACUGAGUGCCCAGCAGUGGAGUGUGAGCUGGCAGAGAUUACCAUCACUGACAACUACCAUCUCCUGUACUGCAAUGCCCGAACACAAAGGCGGCACAGAAUGGAAGCACUGAGCCUGGACCUCGACCACUUUGAGAUUGUUCGCUUGGCGCAGGGACUGCCAGAAUCGAAGGAUGGCUGUCAGGGCAGCGUGGUGAGUUUCCGUCUCUCAAACCCAGAGACCGUUUCAUCCAGCAAGUCAAAACCUGGGCAGACUGGCACAGCGGUUGAGAUGUCCUGGCUCCUGUACACUCACCCAACAGGCGAACCUUGCUGUUUUUAUCACAAACGCAAUCGGACUAACCUGGGUGUCUACAUCAACCUGAUGCCCCUGAAGCCUAAACAAUGGUAUGGACCGUGGAUCAUCCAGGCUGGACCUAGUGGUUACUCUGACCUGGUGUACCUUGAUGGGAUGGGAAUCUUUGCUUGUUUGUAUGAAUAUGGUAUCUCCAAAUUCUGGGAACAAAUUGCUUUCUGUAUGUUUACCAUCGAUGAGGUAAUGGAAAAUAUCUUUUAAUCGCAUAGCCAUAAUAAUAUUGACAGAAGGCCAAUUGUUCCACUACCUUCUGGAAGUAACCUCCAUUUGGAAAUAGCCCUCCAUGUUCCAAGUAUGAAUAGGUGGGCCACGUGAGAGUGAGUGCCUGUGACAGAGUUGGGGGCUGUGUGUUUGUGUGUUUGAACUGGAGGAAUGUGUGCACACAAGAGUUGGACACGUGUUAGGGUUAGGGUGAGUUUUAGGUUGGUGUGUCAGAGGUUUGGACAUGUAUGUGUAAGUUGUUCGGGUGUUUGAGAGUUGUGGGGAAAUAUAUGAUUUGGGUGUGAGAGGGUUAGGGGAUGUGUGUUUUUGAAUUGGAGGGGUGUGCAAGAAAGAGAGAGAGGAAGUUGGAGGGAUGUGUGAAAGGUAGUGAGUUGUGGGGUGAGUGUGUGCAAGAGAUGGAAAAAUCACAACACCAGAUUAUAGUCCAGGAGAGAGUGAGGGAUGAAGAGUUUAUGCUUGAAACUUCGACUCUCCUGCUCCUUGGAUGUUGUCCUUUUCCAGCAGCACGUUUUGACCGGGUUGUUAGUCCUUCAUCAGGCAGCUCGAAAAGCUUGUACUUCCAAAUAAACCGGUUUCUAACUUUGUACACGUAGUCCACUGGCACUGGUACCUCCACAUCAUGUUGAAAGAGAGACAGAAAGACAGUUGGAGGGUUGUGUGUGUGUGUGUGUGAGAGAGAGAGUGUGAGUUGGAGGGGUGUGAGAGAGUGCCCCUGAGAGAGUUGGAGGGGUGUUUGUGCAUAUGUAGGUGUGUCUUCAUGUGGACAUGUAUUAGAUGGAGAUGUUUAGGCAUGAAUAUCAGCUCAAUGCUGGUCAGGCAAAUAUUCCACCUCUCACAUAUGUUGAAAGAGGGAUUUGGGAAUAUAUUGAACAUUUUCCAGAUCUUGGCAGCAGCCUUCGCUCAGGAGGAAGAGAUCCAACACUGGCUUAAGUGCACCAACUCACAUUCAACAAACUCCAGCAGCGAGUGUUUUGACUGUCAGUCAACAGAAGGCCUAAUGUACAGAGCACAUUGCCUUGCUGCUGUGAGACCUGGACAGUGUAUCCAUCACACAGUGGGAGGAUAUGGGCCAAGGGCAGGCAGAAUGAUCAUUUUGGUCCUGUUCAGCACAACAUUGUGAGCCAAAGGACCUGUUCUUGUGCUGUACAGUUUCUCUGGUUUAUGUAAAACAAAGACUCCCCCAGCACUGCGUUUCUGGAAUGUGGGAGGAUCACUGAAUUAGUCCUUCUUGAAACCUGCUCCACAGUAUUUCAAUCAAAAUUGCGAUAGGAUCGAUGAUCAUCAACCUGGCACUCUGCAAAUCGGAUAGCCACCAUUCCUGGCAGUCUCGUUUUCUCAACUCCUAAAUGCCCACCUCGGAGGACAGAGCGAUCACCACAAAGACAUGAGAGAUAUCUCAUUUGAAACACAGCAGCAUUGACAGUAAUGACUGGGAGGCCACAACCUGUUUAUCCAACUGGAUCAGUCUCGAUGUCUUAAUGAGGUAGAAAGGUGACACACAAACAAGGGAAAGAAAGUAAAUUCUGCUCUUAACCUCCUGGGUCAUGUCCUCAUCUGUCUAAGGACACAUGGAUCAAAAAUUAGCCUUCUCAGUCACUUAAAAGUAAUGGCAGAAACUAGCAACUCUGGUAAAGUUCACCCUCAAAUCGAGGAACAGCCAAUCACAGAAUUGUAUGAGAGUGAAACGUCCAUGUGAAAACGUGUCUGUGUGUAAGUGCAGUAUGUGAUUGAAGGUGUGAGAGAGUUAGUGAACAAAAGUGUGGUUGAAGUAUGUUAAUUGUUAAUAUUUGAACACGAGUGUAUGUGAGCAUGGAAGGGUGUGAAAGACAGUGUACAUGAAUGCAGAAAUUCCCAUGUAUGUUUGUGUUCCUGAUUCAGCACGUGUACUACACAGGUAUGUAAAUGUGGGAACCUGAGUAGGAGUUUGAGCAUGACUGCCCAUGUAUGUGCAACUGGGAUUGUGUACAUGUGUGUGUGAUUGUGUAUGAGCCUGUGUGAGACUGUGUGCACACAAAUGAGAGAGAGUAUGAGAGUACUGUGCAUGUGUAAGAAAACGUUCAGGCGGCUGAGACUGUCAUGUCUGUACGAGGUCAUGGGUGCAGAUGUUGGAGAGAAAAAUGGCUGGAUACGCAUUCCUGUCUCAGAGCCAAAAAUGUCUUUAAUCUGGAAUUGAAAGCUGUUUUGUGGUCAACAGCACUGAAUCCAAUCAUCGAUUAUUAUAAAAACCUAUCCAGUUCACUACUAUCCUUUAGGGAAGGAAAUCUGCCCCCCUGACCUGGUCUGGCCGCCACAUAGCCGUGGUUCAGGAGUUAACUCUUCACUACCGUCCGGGUAAUUAGGGAUUCACAGCAAAUACUGACCCAGCUGACAAUGCCUAUAUCCAUGAACAAAUAAAUAAAACACCAACAGCAAUGUGCUGUAAUCUUAAAGCCUUCUGAAAUAGCCAAGCAAGCCAUUCGGUUUUAAAAGUAUACCAGUAUUUUGUUUUAAUGUUAUUCCAACUUAUGUGAGCACUGGCUGUCUUGUAUGGCACACAGCACAUAUAUAAGCUUAGUUUUAGGCAUAAACCUAGAUUUUCGAUAGACAAAAGAGCUAUUUUAAAUUGUUUUCAUGGGAUGUAGGUGUUACUGGCAUUUAUUAUAUCCACGAGAAGAUGGUGAGCUGUCUCCUUGGAACAUUGCAGUCCAUUUGCUUUACAUAGCCCUAUGGUGCUGUUGUAGUCAUCAACAUAUAUCGCCACUUCCGACCUUAUGAUGGAGGCAAGGUCAUGAAUGAAGCAGCUGAAGAUGGUUAGGCCAAGGACACUACCCUGAGGAACUCCUGCAGAGAUGUCCUGGAGCUGCCAACAGCCACAAACGUCAUCCUUUGUACCAGUAUGACUCCAGCCAGUGGAGAGUUUACCCCGAUUCCCAGGUCCAAUGAUGGCCUCCCCCAUCAUUGAGGAUGGGGAUAUCUGUGGAGCCGCCACCUCCAGUGAGUUGUUUCGUUGUCCACCACUGUUCAUAACUGGAUGCAGCAGGACUGCAGUGUUAUAGAUCUAUUCAUUGGUUGUGGAAUCACUUUGCCCCAUCUAUCACCUGCUGCUUACGCUGUUUGGCAUGCUCUUUGGUAGCUUCUCCAACUUUGUUUUAGGUACAAGUCAUUCCGGUAUAACACAGGCUUUAUCAAUGCAAUUUGGCUGUAACAUGAUUGAUUAAUAAUGCAAACUUUCUACUGAACAGGUAUAAUUGAGUUUCUAUAAUGAUCUUCGACAGAGUGAGGUUGUAAAGGAACAAGCCUGUUGUGUUUCUGUGGAAUGACCUCUAUGUCUGGCGCUGCUCCUGCAUGCCAAGCUGCACUCUCCAUUAAACCAGGUUGGUCACCUCGCUUGAUGGUAAGGGUUAAGCAGAGGAGUACAAUUCUGCUGCUGCUGAUGGCCCUCAGUACCUCACAAAUGUCAAUUUUAAGCUGCUAGAUUUUUAAGAAUCUGUCCCUUUUAGCACAGUGAGGGCACUGUCCAACAUGAUGGAAAGUAUCGUCAGGCCCGAUGUGGUAGUCCCUCCGACCGCUCCUCUCAUGGACAGAUAUAUCUGCAAGAGGGAGGGUGGUGAGGCUGAGGUCAAAGUAUGAUUUUCCCAUUUGGUGGUCCCCUCACCACCAGCCGCAGACUCAGUCUUGCAGCAAUGUCCUUUAGGACCCGACCAGCUCGAUCAGUGGUGCUGCUGCCGAGUCACUUACCUAUCGCAGUCUGAGCUACCUUCCCUCCAGCCCCUCCCCACCCCCUCGGCUCACAUCCUCAUUCCAGAUGAUGGGCUUUUGCGCGAAAUGUCAACUCUGCUGCUCCUCAGAUGUUGUCUGACCUGCUGUACUUGUCCAGCAACACACACUCUAACCUCCAGCAUCUGCAGUCCUCACUUUCGCCUGGUAUUUUAGGACAACAUCUGCUUUACGCAAGGCUGAAAAUCUGAUGCAAAAUUAACAGAUGAAAAUCAAUGAAUCAAUAAAUAAUUAUAAAUAAGUAUUUAUAAUUUGUGCCAAGUAACCAACAAAAAAUAGCCUGUUUUAAAAUACACUAAAAAAAACAGAAUAAAGAGAAUUACUUUUUCACGUGCAAUGGUGUACACCAGUUUCAGUUGUUAAAUCAUUAA